ACCAUCCAGGCCAGGGUGUGAACAAGCGUCUGUGCGACGAUGUUGAUGCCAAAUGUGCAAAAUCAAUUGUUGUUUGUUGCAACGAAACAUUCGCAAUGUCAACUGUUGAAAGCGGCUGGUACCUUGAAAAGAAUGACCAAUGGCCCGGUUAUAGUGUUGGACUCAAAAUUGAGAAAGUUUUAUUUGAGGGAAAGUCAGAGUUCCAAGAAAUUCUCGUGUUCAAGAGCACCACAUUUGGCAAUGUCCUGGUUCUGGAUGGAUGCAUACAGUGUACUGAAAGGGACGAGCACUGCUACCAGGAAAUGAUCUCUCACCUUCCCAUCAACUGCCAUCCUGACCCUAAACAGGUUCUGGUGGUUGGCGGGGGUGACGGUGGUGUUGUUAGGGAAGUGCUGAAGUACCCUGGCAUUGAACGAGUCACAUUGUGUGAAAUAGACCAGAAAGUGAUAGAGGUGUGCAAGGAAUACCUGCCCAGCAUGGCAGGAUCCCUGUCUGACCCCCGAUGUCAUGUGAACAUAGGGGACGGCAUACAGUACAUGAAGGAACACAAGGACAGCUUUGACAUCAUCAUCACAGAUGCCCCAGAUCCUAUAGGUGCAGCCAAGGGCCUGUAUGAGCUGGACUACUACAGAUGUCUGAAGGCAGCUCUCAAACCAAAUGGCAUCAUCUGCAGUCAAGGAGAGAAUCUAUGGCUGGACCUGCAUGUAGCGGAUCAACUUCUGAGCAGCUGUCGAAGCCUGUUUCCAAGUAUUGGGUACGCGUUUGCUGGGAUACCUACAUAUGCCAGUGGACAGAUCGGUUUUGUUAUGGCGAGCUCCCGUCCAGGCUUAGACUUCACAAAGCCCCUACGCAUGCUGUCAGAUGAUGAGCUGGACAAAAUGGACAUGAAGUUCUACAACUCUAGUAUCCACACGGCUUCUUUCGUAUUACCACAAUUUGCAAAGAAGGUCCUGUUCCCUGCAAGUAAUGGCAAUAGUGAGACGCAAAAGAACUUCCAAGCUGACGUGUAAAUUGCAGAAGUCCUUAAUUAGCUCAUAAGACGAUUGUCGUGUUAGUGGUUGACAAUUAUUGACAAAAUAAUGUGAUUGUUUUAAUAGCCCUAAUACAUGUUUUAUUGUUGUAGUAUUUUAUGUUCAGAUAGUAUUUUUUUACCAAGGUCAUUGUGAUAAAGCUGUAAAAUGUGUCUUGGUAGGAAAGAAAUCCUAAAUACUUAAUAAUCUAAUUAUGGCUGUGAUUUCAUAAGCAAAUAACUUGAAAUUCUUGUUUAAAAAAUAAUGGAGUCGCACUACUGUUUUAAGGUUGACAAUGUUGUAUUAAAGGUGUGACUGUUUUUUAUAAGCUUGUAGUAAUUAUACAAUUGUAUGUGUGUACAUGUUAAUGCAUUUCGUUAAUUGUGAGCUUCAGCUUAUUCUGUUUAUUCAGACUAAAGAAUAUUUACUUAUGGAAUGGGAGCUACAUAUAACAGGCUUAAUAAUUUUUAAGGGACUUGUUCACAGAUUUAUUGUUGUUUUUAAGAUCCUUAUUAUAUUUGGCUAAGGAUAAGUCAGUAUAAUAGCAAGAACAAAAUAAUUGAUUAUAAAAUGUAUUGACUUCCCUGGAUUUAAAACACUUGUCUUUAAGCAAAAUCUUACCUGGUACCUGUACACCAUUCAGGCUUUUGAUAUGUAUAGCAUAGUUUAAAUAGUAUACUAUAUACUAAUACAGACUUUAUAAUCAUUUUGAUUCAUAUUACUCAUAAUAGAACUAAUAUUUCUAUAUGUUUUAGUCAUCAUUGUUAUUUUGAUUGUUUGAAUAUAAUACUUAAAUAAUGAUUUAAAUCUUUUGCAAUUUUCAAAUGUGUGUCAUUUCGUAAAUAAGUGAAAAAGUCCCUUUCAUCAUUGAUGUCCAAGUGAUUGCUAAAAUAUAAUAAAUCUGAUAGUUUGUUGUGGCAGAACAUUUCAAUAUCAUUGUAAGCUUUGUUUGAACAAACUUGUUUACUUUAUAACCAAAAAGGAUCUCACCAUUCUAGGCAGUGCUAUUUGUAUGUGUUUGCUUUGUUUUUAAUCAUGCCAAAGUGUUUUUUUGCCAAAAUAUAUGAUAAGACUUAAUUAUGUGUCAUAAAACAAUUAUUCUUAUCUGUAAAUAUUGAAAAAGCAGAUAAUAUUUGUAUAGACUUGCAUUUCUCUAAAGCAUUAUUCCAUAAUAGUCAUGUUUACAUUGUAUUAAGUGUAUUAUUGAUGAAUCUUUAUUGUUUUACCAUGUGUUCAUGAAUUUGCUAUUUUGGCUUGCACGCUGAGCAAAGUGUUACUGUAUCAUUUUUUGUUACGCCCCCUAAUAGGGGCAAUAUAGCAAUCAAAUUGUCAGUCCUUCUGUGUGUCCUUCUGUGUGUCCUUCUGUCUUGCUGUUUGUAUGGAUUAUCAAUUGGCUAGCAUUAAAGGAAACUUCAUUAAAGCCUUGUUCUGAGAAAACUGGGCAUAAUGCUUGUGCGUAAAGUGUCGUCCCAGAUUAGCCUCUGCAGUCCGCACAUGCUAAUCAGGGACGACACUUUCCACUUAAACUAGAAACUUUCCGCCUAAAUUGGAUAUAUUCGAAGAAGAGCCUUCAUUUAAACGAAAAAUAUCAUAAAAGCAGAAAGUUUUGUCCCUGAUUAGCCUGUGCGGAUUGCACAGGCUAAUCUGGGACGACACUUUUGCACAUGCAUUAUGCCCUGUUUUCUCAAAUCGAGACUCAUUUAAUGAUAGAAGGCAUUGAGGGGAAAGGCUGAGUGCAAGGACCAUACUGAUAAGGUAGGGACUUACAGAAUUAUUACUCUGUAGUUAUUUUGUGGUACAGAGCACAAUUCCGUAAGUUUAUCACUGUGUCUACUACAGGUAUUCAAUGGAAACUUUCAUGAUAAUAAUUUCGGGUAAAUUUUUUUCAUAUUCUCUUAUUAAUCAUUACAUUUAAAAAUAGUAUAUAACCAAUCAAACCGAUAGUGAAAUAAUUACACAUGUGCAUGCAAUUAAUGUCCAGCCUUUAACUUUCUGGAUUUUCUAGGAUCUUUUUUGCACUCUUGUUGAAUGACAUUUACAAAUACAAAUGUUUAAUACAUUUCAACAUUGAUUUUGUUUUGUGGGAGGUAUUGUUGUCAUUAAACAUGUUGUUUUCCAAAAAAUGAUUUUUUAUAAUUAUUGCAUUUGUAUUUCAAAUUUUGUAAUUUAGAAUAUACAUAUUCACAGAUGUUAUUUGGAAGAUAUAGGUGAAAGCACGCUUGCAACACAAACUUUUGUAUGGUAUCUUAUAUUGAGUUCCUUGUAAGUCAUUGUGUUUUUAACCAGGUUUUCCGAAGGAAAAAACUGGUUAUUAGAUUGGCGAAUGCGGGCGGGCGGGUGCAAUAAGCUUGUCUGAGCCAUAACUAUGUCAGAUUUCAAAAUCAUUUGGCACAUUUGUUCACCAACAUUGGACGGUUUGUCGCGCAAAAGAAUUACGUCGAUAUCUCCGAGGUCAAGGUCACACUUUGAGUUCAAAGGUCAAAAAUGGCCAUAAAUGAGCUUGUCUGGCACAUUUCAAUGUCUUUCACUGUCAGAUUUUAAAAUCAUUUGGCACAUUUGUUCACCAUCAUUGGACAGUGUGUCGCGCGAAAGAAUUACGUAGAUAUCUCCAAGGUCAAGGUCGCCACAUCUAAAAAUCGAUCGAAUUUGAAAAACAAGGGGUUAACUGUGAUGAACAAUCAGUAGCAAUGCACAUUUUGAGUUGUAGUUGUCUUCCUUUAUCAGACUUUUUUUAUAUAUUGAAAACCUGGUUUUGUGACAAUAUUGUUCCUUGUUAUGGUCUUGUUAAUUAAGGACAUAGUGAAAAAUAAUAUGUAUGUUGUUAAAGCCAUCAUUAUAUUGAUAGUUUUCUUGAUCAUGGAUAUGAAUGGAUAUGAACAUUAUAUAUUGUGGGUUUUAGACAUCCACAUUUUUUAUAGUACUUGGCGUAAUUUGCCCUGCUUUGAAAGAUGCAAUUCAAGUUACCGUAAAUUUACUUUCUUAAUUUGAUAUUUUAAAGAAUUUCAAUUAAUGAUGUAAUAUCAAAUAAUAAGAAAAUAAGUGAUCAUAGAGUAAUAAAAACACAAGAACCCUCUCCCACUGAUAUUUGAAGCAGGUAUGUUAUUAUCUAAUAAAUACCACUUUCUAAGAACGUUAAAUGCCACAUUCUGUGUUCUGUUAUGUAUUAAAUAUAAUUAAAGCAACGUAAACCAUAGCGUACACUAUACUCUAGAACAUUCAACUGAACUGUAUAUUUCCUGUGUAUGCAUUUUUUUCUCAAUUACACAAUCAUGAUUUUAAAAUAAAAAUACAACUGAAAGUUUUUUUAGUUAACGCAGGUUAACUUAGUUGAUAGUUUUUGUUUUCUUUGUCAAUUUGUAAAUGGACACCUUGUUAUUAAUCCGUCCAUAAAGAUUCGACUGCA